UGACGUCGUCACUAGGUGGCGCCCUUUUAGCUCUGUAUGAAAAUAUUCCAUGGGGUUUAUGGAUGUGUUGCCGAGACAGAUAGCUUGAGUCGUGUUAGCGCCGCAUCACCUGUGUAUAUGCGUGUAGGCACGGGCGAUGUGCCUCAUUGUGGUGGUUCACCACGGACUGUCGACGCACGGGAACCCCUCGCUCAUCCCACUGACGUCUGCACCUCCAUAGUGUGUUUCGGCUUGAGACUUGUGUUUUUCCUGCUUGUGUUUUGGGGUUAUUGCGGCAUAAGGUAGCUUAGACACCGGAGUGUCAGCAGGCACCAUGAUGGAGGGUAACAGCCCAUCGUUUUACAACUCGCCCUUCGGUUUCCACAAUGACCAGUUCGUGGGUCCGCCCCUCUCGGGCGGCACGGUGCCCCACCGGAGCUACAGCCCGCCUGCCCCGCCAGCCUGCAUCUACGCCGACAAGCCCGGCCCGCAGGUAGGGGGUUACGGCGGGGCACCCAUGGCCGUGGUGGAGUCCCGGGUGGACGAGGGCUUGCUGCAGUACCCUCGCAUGACCAACAUGAACAUGAUGACCCUGGCCAACAUGACACUGCCUCAGGACACGGCCUGUACGCAGGCGGCUUGCGGGGCCGGGACUGGAGCCGCGGCCCAGCCGUGCGACGGGGUCCGGGAGCCCAUGCAGGCCGGCCAGCUAGUUCACGCCGUCAUGCAAGGCACCACGGCGGUAGCAGCUUGCCGAGGAUCGAACCAGAACCUUGGCGGUAACCCAGGGCCGCAUCAUCAUCAUACACCCACCGCCUCGGCCGGCAAGACCAAGGCCGAGGAUAGAAAUCAAAACCUUCCCUUUCCAUGGAUGAAAACCACCAAAUCGCACGCUCAUAUGUGGAAAGCUAACUGGCCAGGGUGGGCAGGAGGGCAGCGAUUGGCUAGCAUGCAACAACGUCACGACGCGGACGGCAGGUGCCUCGUUUCAGGUGCCUCCUUUGUAGACUUUGACGAGAACAAGCGCACGCGGACGGCUUACACCCGGGGCCAGCUCCUAGAACUGGAGAAGGAGUUCCACUUCAAUAAGUACAUCUCCCGGCCUCGUCGGAUCGAGCUGGCCGCCAUGCUGAACCUGACCGAGCGACACAUCAAGAUCUGGUUCCAGAACCGCCGCAUGAAAUGGAAGAAAGAGGAGGCCAAGCGGCGGCCCAGCGGCGGCAAAUCCGACAAGGAGGAAAGCGAGGACCUCAAGCCCGACCUCAAGUCAAACGGGGACUCGUCCUCGGACAAAGAGGAACUCUCGUCGGAGAAGAGCCCUCUGUCGCCCGGCAGCGACCAGGCACUGCAGGGGGUCAAGGGGGUGGACGCCUUCUCGCCCUCUACGUCACCGCGGAGUCUGAGCAUGACGGCUGCGCACCCAGCAGAACAUCUCAUCGUCAAGUCUUUCUGACAAUGAAAGAGGACUCCUUUUAAAAAUACGAAAAUUUGACAAGAAUGUGGAAACAUUUUGCGGGACUGGAGCUGCUGCAUUCGCAAUAUGAACUGCCCCCUUCCGUCCAAAACCAAGCACAUGUACGUGUGCAAUGU